AUGGGUUGCCCCGCAAAUUUCCUGCUCCUCGUUCAGCAUUUACUGUUGAUGCUGUUGGUCUUUAUUAUUUUUGGGAUCGGCAUUCCCAGCUACGUCGAAGUGGGUGGAUUAUUUCGUAUCAUUUUCAAUCUGCUGCUAGCCGUUCUCUUACUUUGUUCUGUACUAACAAUAUGGAGGCUGUUUUUUUUGGAAUUGAAGGAUAUUUAUAAGCAAUCCAAACAGGAAGCCCUUUGCCACCUCUUGCUGUUGGUUAUCUUUGGAGUGACUUACUAUUUCCUUUGGACGGGAAUUCAGGACCACAAGUCCAAUUGGCAGAACCUGGCUCACGCAUGGACUGAUCUAAAGUCUAACAACAACACGGCUGCAAUGUUCCGUUGGCAGGAGAAGUUCAAUUGCUGCGGCUUUAUGGACCCCGAGUACUAUAUAUACAUGAAUUUGGGAAAGCCAAAAUAUUUUCCCGAAAGCUGCCUGCAUGAUGGGAGCAACGUGAAGGAAUCAUGCUUCAAGGUAUUCAGAGAUCAGGAUUUCACCUAUUACGCCAUCGUUGUUGGGAUCUUGUGUGCUUAUAUACUGUGAUGUUUUAGGUUAGCAAAUUUCUGCUUGACUAUGUUAAAUGCAGGAUGAGUACGGAUAUAUCCGAGGGCCGGUUUCCACUUCCCCAAGAUAAUACGAACUAAUUCAGGACUUAUUUCAGAUGACUUCGCGUCAUGAGAUGUGGUGUCUGAACAAUAUUGUAUUUACGAAAUUCUUUACUCUGUGCAUUACUGUUGGGCUUAUUUAUAUCAGUGUAAUUUGUUAAGAUAUCAGGGUCUAAAAAUGUUCCUUCCUUGAACUCAAAGUU